AUGAGUGCCAUCAAAGCGGAGGAUAUAGUUCAUGUCCUUCGCGAUGGAGUUGCUGUUUUACCUGGUGGAAGAUGUCGAACAGGACAAGCAAUUGUUGUAUUUCCAUCAAGAGAACAACCAGUCAAUCCAGAUCAUUUGAGAAAUGUAUUAUUGUAUCUUUUUACGGUUACAGCGUAAGUUUUUUGGGUUUUUUUGCGGAAAAAAUCAACUGAUUAAAUGUGAGACCAUAUUUGAUUUAUUAGUCGAGAUUCAGAGCUCCAAAGUUCGAAAAAUCGAUUAAUUUUUUUUGUAAAACUCGAAUUCUGUACAACACAAAUUGUCUCAAUUGAGUUUGCAAAUAUUAAACAAUUUUGAAACAUAGUUUUCACGGGCUCGGAAAAUUUUUAUUUUAUCUACUAGAGAAAUCUUAUUUCAAAUAAUUUUUUAUAGAGAUUCUUCACGGGAAAAAGGUUUUCUCGUUAUUAUUGAUAUGCGUGGUAAACAAACUUGGACAAAUGUUCGGCCAAUUUUGAAAGCAUUAAACGUGAGUUUUUUUCGCGAAAAUAAUACAAAUUAUUUCUUUAAUUAUUUUAUUUUUAGAGUAUUGAAACCAGUCUAGUCACUCAAGUAUUUAUCAUUAAACCCGAAAAAUUUUGGGAAAAACAAAAAGCGCAAAUGUCAAUAGGAACAUGGAAAUUUGAAGUUGAAAUGGUUUCAUUCGAUUCGUUAUCAAAAUUAGUUGAAAUUUCACAAUUACCAAAAAUGAUUGGAGGAACACAUCCAUAUGAUCAUGAUGAUUGGCUUGAAAUUAGACUUGAAUUAGAAAAAUGGAUAUGGAAUAUAACUGAAGUUAUGGGAUGUUUGGAAAAUGUUCGAAAAGAAAUGGUUGAAUGUGAACAACCUGUUGAUGUUAAAACAGCUGAAAUUGCUGUCAAAAAACAUGCAAAUGCUAAAAGAACUAUAUUUACUAUUCCUGUUGAAACUAUUGAAAAUGAUGCAUCAAGGGUUAGUUUUUACAAACAAGUUGUUUUCUCAAUUUUUGAAUACUUUUUCCAGAUAUGUGAUAGAAUAUCAAAUCCUCGAAAUGGUCUUGUUAAUCCAGAUCUUUUAUCUGCUUUACCACAUGUAAAUAAUCUCGUAGAUUCACUUCGAUUAAGAAAAGGUGAUGUAUUUAAAUUAUGGGAUUCAAGAAGAGGAGAACUUGAAAAAUUAUAUCAACAAAAAUUGUUCGAACAAGAUGCUGAUCGAAUGAUUGAUAUGGUUCGAUCAUAUUGUAAUCAAGUUGUAAGAAGUAUUGGAGAUAUUGGAACUUGUGAAAAUGAUGUUGAUAGAUUACAAAAUGAUUUUGAACAAUUUAAAACAUCUGUUCAAGCAUCAGAAGUAACAGUUUCACAAGUUAUUAAAUUGGCACAAAUAUUAUUAUCAUCACCUGGUGGAACUCAUCAAAGUAUUGAAAUUGCAGCAGUUCGAUUACAGGAUGAAUGGCAUUUAUUACAAGAUCUUAUGAAUAGAAGACGAAUUAUUUUAUUGAAUGCGCGAUCUUUUUUCAAUAGUUCUCAAAAAUAUUUUGUUGAAUUACCUGAAUGGACUGCAAAACCUGGUGUAAAUCCAUCGGAUGUUAUGCUUAAAUCAUCAGAUCUAUUAGAAGAUGCAAUUAAAAGACAUGAAUUAUUUUGGGCUCGCGUGGAAGAAAUUUAUGCGCAAGCAUUUGAUGAUGGAUCAAAAGUUACGAAAGCAUUAAAAGAAGCUGAAACUGAAGAUAAUUUAGCAAGAGAACAAUUAAAUCGACUAACAAGAGCACAUAAACAAUUACAUGAUAAAUGGAAAGAUCGAAAAGUUUUAUUGCAUCAUAUGUUGGCUAUGAUUGCGUUUGAAACUGAUGUUAAAUUAGUUGUUGAUUGGUUAGAUCAACAUGGGGAACCAUAUUUGAAAAAGAAUAUUAAUAUUGGUAAGGUUUUUGAGAACAUUGAAAAAUGAAAUUAUGUAUUGUUUUAUUUUGCAGGUGAAAAUGUUGCACAAGCCAGAACAUUUCAACGAAAUCAUCAUAAUUUUCAAAAAGUUGCUGCAAACACUUAUGACAAUGUCAAAAAGUUAGAUCAAGUUUAUCAAAAUGUAACCGAAUCUGGAAGUAGUAAGUAUAGUUUUAUUUGCAUAAUAAAAACUGAAUUUUAUUUCAGAAAUGUGUGAUGUUGAAAAAAUGCGAAAUUUGAUGAGUGAUCUAAGAAUGAGAAUCAAUAGAUUUACAAAUCGCGUUGAUACACGUGGAAGUCUACUAAAAUUGUCAGUACUUUUUCACACUCAUUAUGUUGAAUUAACAAAUUGGUUUGGAGAAAUGAUAAGGAAAUACGAGGAUAAAACAAUUGAUUUGAGUGUGGAAGAUUGUGAAAAAAGUAAAGAAAGAUGGGUUUUGGAAUCGGAUGAAACUGCUCAAGCAUAUGCUGUAACUAUUGGAGAAGGAAAAACAUUAAUACAGGAAAUGCAAAAAGCUGAACAUUCUUGUGAUAUUGAUUAUACAAUUAGUAUUGCACAUAUUCAUAAACUUAUCUCUGAUAUUGGUAAGUUAUAAUUUUAAAAAUUACUCUGCAAAGUAUUCUAGAAAGUUGAUAAUGUUUUCAAAAAUAAAAAUAAUAUUCUCAGAUGAAAGGAAUGCAACACUUUCAAAUGAAUGGGCUCCGCGACGAGUUCUUCUUCAAAUUGGCCUAAAAUUUGCAAUGUUUGCUCGAAAUAAUCGGGAUAUUUUACAACAAAUUCGAAGUUGGGAAGAAGAUAUGAGAGAAAUUGUUGAAUCGGAAACAUUUUUUGACAAAGCAGAUUCAGUUCUACCGUAUCAUAAAGAUAAUCAAUCACAAGUUCGAGUUGCGAUCGCAAAUAUUCGAAAAACAGCAAAAGAAUUGACACAAGCUUUGCAUAGUCAUGCACUUUCUGAAUUAUGUGUUAGAGAUGGAACAAGAGUUGUUGAAUUGAUAAAAGAAAAUAUUCGAGUAUUAGAUCAAUCAGAAAGAGAAGUAAUGAAAUAUGCGGAUGAAACAUCACAAAGAAUUCAAGCAGCUUGCGAUGUUGUUGCUUUUAGACAUUUCUCUGAUGAAAUAUUAUCAAUGAUUGAUCGAGAAGAAAGACAUUUGGCUAGUUUGGGAGGAAUUCCACAUAAUUGUAGAGAAGCUGAAAGUUUUCAAGAUGUUUUGAAUGAUUUUCAAGGAAAAAUUGAGGUAUUUUUGGAAAUUCAUUAGUUUCGAAACAAAAAAUGUUUUAGAAACGUUUGAAAGAACCAUACAAUGCAUUUGUUAAACGAUGGAGAGAAUUAAUGGUAGAACAACGAGUUGAAAGAGAUGUUAUUGUUGGAUAUAAUGAAGAAAUUCUAUCAAAAUGGAGAAGAUUAACAGCACUUUGUGAAGAAAGAAAUAAACUUCUUAAGGUAUAAUUUUGAAGAAAAAAAAAUGAAAUAUCAGUCAAUAAAUCUAAUUGUAGGCUGGAGUUGCUUGCUAUAAAACAUAUGAAGAAGCUGUGGUUCCGAUUUUACAACAAUUGGGUAAAGAAUACAGUCAAGUGAGUUAUCUGUGAUUUUUCGGGGGGAAAUUGCAUUUUUUUCAGCCUCAUAAAGAUUGGUGUGCCCAAUGUAGUUCAACAUCUUCAUGUCAGGAAAAAGUUGCAUUUAUAACUGAUUUGAUAAGCAAACAUAUGCAAUUAAAAGAAAGGUAAUAAUUGAGAGCGGUCAAAAUUUGUAUAGAAUAUAGGGAUUGAGAAAUUAAAAUUUCACCAAAUAAUGUAAUUCAAAUUAUUUCACAAAAAAUGAUUGACCUGAAAUUGCUAAUUUUGGAUGUUGUUUCGAAAUUGGAUUUUGCAAAUGCUUCUUGAAUUUUUCCUUUACUUAAAAUCCUCAAUGACAAAUUUUGAACCUAUUUUUAAUUUUUUUCAGAUUCAUAAAAGGUUGUAUUUAUGCUCAAAAAAAUGGAGAUUUUUUCCUUCGUUAUAUUCAAAGAACAAAUGUUCGACAAACUGAAAGAAGAAAACAUGAAGAAAGAAUUGCAAGAAUAAAAUCAGAUAUUCGAGAUCGACAAUCAAAUAUUUUAGAAUUGUGGGUGAAUAAGAGAGCACAAUUAGAUCGGUUAGUUUUUCUUUUCCUUUUCAUUUUCCCCAAAAAAUAGGACUUCAAAAAACUUUCUCACAAUUAUUCCCGAUAGACUUUUUUCUAGCUAUAAAUUAUUUUCAAAAUUACCCAUGUCAUUUUUUUCUUGACGUGAACUCUUUUUUUUCUUCUAAUCCCUCUUGUUCAAAAUUCAUCAUUUUUAUUUUUUUGCUACUCAAGGAAAUGAAAUUUGAAAGGUAUAUUUGAAAAAAAAUGCAAAGAAAACAUGUCGGAAUUGUUUUGCAUACAUUCUAUUACACAGAAGAAAAAAAGAAUUUGAAAAAUGAUUGUUGCUAAAAGUGAAAAUGUUUUUGUUUUCAUUUUUUUCAGAUGUCAUUCAUAUGUUCUUUUGGAUGCUACAAGUCAACAACUUAUUGGUUGGUUAACUGGAGAAGGAGAUAUUAAAUUGAAAGAAUAUGAAAAGAAGGGAAAAAGUAGAAUGGAUUCGAGUUGUGAUAAUGAAUUUGGACAAUUCAAGCUUCAAGUUAAGGUAAGUAUUAGGAAAAUAUCUUAGCAAGAGUUUUUUUCCGAGCCGGCUGAAAAAUUGAUAAUUUUUCUCUGAAACUAAGUUCGUGAGACAAGGUACAGAGCCCCAAAUUUCGGAAACCUCGAAUCGAAUCGAUGAAGUUUUCGAACUUUGGAGCGCAGUAACUUGGCUCACAGAAAAAUUCCGGUUCUGCAUUUUAAAGUAAAGUUCAUACUGAUAUCUGGUUUCUGAAAAAUUAUCAAUUCGAAUUUGUAAGUUUUAAAUGAAAACUCAAAAUAAGCUGUUGCUCAUUUUUUCAAAACAAGAACUAACAAUUUGCUGAAAAUAAAUUAAAAUGAAAUGUUGACCUUCAGGCAGUUUUUCAAGUAUUUUGCCGUUAAAAUAACCUGAAAACUUCCUUUUUUGAUAUAUGAACAAUAUUUUUUUUUCGCAAUUUUAAGAAAAUAAUUAUUUAAAAAAAAAGGUUUUUUUUUUGAUAAUUAUUUAUCCUAAAUUUAAUACAUUUUUUCGCCAUAAAAUCGAAUCCCCAUAUCAAUAAUAAAAAUAGUCAUAAAAAUUAAUAAUUCAACCUGUUUCAUGAUUUUUCUUUUUUUUUUACAAUAUCCUUUUUUUCUAUAAUUUUUUUUUUGUUUUCAGGAAGAAAAGACAAAGAUUCAAGCAUUUUUGAUAAUGGCAGCAAAAGAUAAAGAAGGUGGUUUGAAUCAACACGCGGAUGAUAUUGAUAUUUGUAUUAAAGAGGUAGGUUAUCAUUAUUUUUCUUCAGUAAUUCCUCUAUGCACUGCUUUUCUUUUUCAUAAAUGUUUUUUAGGUGAAAAAUCAAUUUGAAAAAUUCUCGAAACGUGUUGCUGAAUGUGAAGUUGUUCUAAGAGGCGGAGAUAAUGCAGGACAACAAAAAGAUGAAUUUUCGCUUGAUCGACAUUCAGAUACAAGUAUUUUUGAUGAAAAAAUUGUCAAUGUUCGAAGAGAGCAAAAUCAGAAAAUGCUGUCAGUUCUUUUUUUUUUUGUUAUUCAUUUUUCAAUUAAAAAAGUUUCAGUGAACCAAUGCGUGAGCUCAUAAAAUCCGAGCGAGAUUAUAUCGAGGAUCUGGAAAGAUGUGUUAAAAUGUAAGUUUUCUCCCUGGAAACUAAUAAUGUUUUUGAAUUUUCAGCUAUGUGAAAGAUUUCGAUGAAUCUGUCAGGAAUAAUUUGAUAAGCGCUUCUUUGAAACAACUUCGAUCGGAUAUUUUUGGAAAUAUUGAGAAAAUUUACGAGUUUCAUCAUGAGUAAGUUAAUUUUAUAUAUUUUUCCUCUAUUAUAAUGGGAGAGAACACAAAAAUGGACUUUUUAAAACAUGAUUUUCGGAUUAUUGAGUACAGUUUUUCAGUUAGGAUUUUUUUAAUUUCUUAGAAUAAUCUCAUUUUUUGACAUUCUCGAAGAACAGUGAAAAUUACAGUAAUUAUGUAUAAUUUUCUUUUCCACGUCAUAAUUUUCCCCAUAUUUUCAGCAACCUAUCAUUUUUGAAAUAAUUAUCACUUCCCUUAAUCUCAUUUUUUCCAGUAAAUUGCUCAAUGAAUUGAUAAAAUAUGAAAUGCAACCAGAAGCUGUUGGAGCUUCUUUUACUGUUUGGAUUGAUUUAUUGAAUGAAUUAUACACGGAAUAUUGUGUCAAUAAAGAACAAAAGAAUUAUGUUCUUGGAACUCCAGAAGUUAUGGAAUUUUUCAAUGUAAGAUUUGUUUAUCUUUCUCUUUUAUAUUUUAUUUUUGCAGGGAGUUCGAGAAAAACAUAGUCUCGAAAUCAAUAAUGAUGUUGGUAGUUUAUUAAUUAAACCAGUUCAAAGAAUAACACGAUAUCGACUUCUUAUGGAACAAUUGCUCAAAAGUUGUACGGGUAAUGCUGAUGAGUUACGGGUAAGUAUUUCAUUUUGAUAUAAUUUCAAUUUGAAUUUUUAAAAAUUAAAAAUAAAUUAUAGGAAGCAUACGAGGUGGUUAUUAGUGUUCCAAGACGGGUUAAUGAUAUAAUUCAUUAUAAUUGUUUGGAUAUGAAAGAUUUCAAUGUUGAUGAAUUGGGUCCAUUUGUAUUGCAAGAUAUGUUGACAGUUUGGGAACCGAGAGCGUAUUUUAAAGGAAGAGGAAAAGAAAGACAAGUAUUCUUAUUUGAAUUAUCGAUUGUAUUUGCGAAAAGAUUGGAGAUUUCACCGAAAAAUGUUCGAUAUGUUAUUAAAGGAAAACCUUUAUCGGUUGGUUUUUAUGUUGUUGGAAAAAAGACAGGGAAAUUUUUGGGAUCAGAUGAGAAUAUUUAUAGGGUAGGGAUGAACCUGUGAAAAAUUUAUAUUGCUCCAAAGUUUGAAAAAUUUAACUACAGGGUGACACAUAAUUAUUGUCGCCACUUUGAACCUCUGUAGGUAGGGCAAGAUUUCGAAUUUUAACAAUGUUAAGGUCGGAAACUUUAGAAAACAUGAUUACUGACAGAUUUUCAAAACUAUACUGACAACACAAUUUUUUACCCACCCACCACCUUCACCAACCCCAAAAACUUUGAAUUUUGCGAUUUUAAGCCUAUUUUUUCUCUUUGAAAGUUCCAUAAAUGUGUCAGACCGAACAUAUGUAUUUGGAAAUUAUUAAAUACAUUUUCUUAUGUCCUGAACAAGAUAUAAUAGCAUAUCUUGCAAGAGUUUACCGCUUCUCACUUGUUUCAGGGCUCCAAAGUCAAGCGUCUUUUCCGAAAUUUCAAAAAAAAAAAUCGAGAAAAAUCAAGAAAAACAGCAAAAUCCAUUCUGAGAUUGAGUAUGAGUUUUUGAGUGGAACUUUUUGUGAACAUGCCUAUUCUAUGCACUAAAAUAAAGUAUUUUGGGAUCUGAAACUUAGCUCGGAUCUGACUUGGAGUUAGCAAAACUCCCAAAACCAUGAAUUUUGAGCGUUUUCUACAAUGAAGGUCCCUAUGUUUUUCUGAUAAUUUCCAGCUUUAGUAUUGUGCAAAAAUCCAUUUCAGGGACCGAAUUUAGGAUAUAAACACUUUUGGGCAUAGUCAAUAUUCACCAUUCUCAUAAAAUUUACACCUAAAGUCCCAAAAACGAAUUUUCUUCUGAAAAAUUAUUUUUGGAAAUCUAUCUCUACUUCACCGCUGCUACUAUAAUCCAGCAAAGCUAAUAUGAUCAAAAUAGAAUACAAAAGUUCAAUUAUAUAACCUUUAAGAUUAAAUUUAUCAAAAUCAAACUUUAUCUAAUUUCGUUUUGAAAAUGUAGAACACAGGUUAACGAGUUCAACUCACGCGACAAUAAUUAUGGGUCACCCUGUAUUUUCAGAAAACUUAUUUUAAUUUUCCCCAGAUUCUAAUAUUUUUUCAAAUUUCCAGUUAUCUGAAGUUUCUGUUGUUGAACAUGUCGAAGGUGAUAGUUGUCGAUUUGGACUUCGUAUUGGAACUGUUGCAUCAAAUGAUAAUCGAACUGAUUUGAAGGCUUCUAAUGAAAAUACCAAAGUGAUGUGGGUUCGAAAAAUACGAGAACAAACACAAGGACUUCUCACUUUGAGUAUGUUUUUCAAUUCGUUUUUUUUGCCUGAAAAUCAAAUUUUUCAGACUUGGGAAUAUCUUCUGCUUUAACUGUUCCAUCAACAUCUUCUGGUGGAAGAUCAGUUUCAUUGAGAUCUGGAGCAUCGACAUCUUCGGGUGAUCGAUUAUCGCAAGAUGUUGAAUCGCUUAUGCAUCAUAGACAUAGUGUACAAAGUUGUGAUAGUGAGGUUAGUUUUGGGGUUCAGAAUAUUGGGGAGUAGGAGGAAAGAGGGUGAUUUUUUGGGUUCUAAAGUUCCGGAAGGUAAGAUCAGGAAAAUCGCAAAUAUGUUGAUAUUCAAAGUUUCUUACACAAUUAGUUUUUGCAUGUUUUCGUUUUGUUUUGUUCGGAUUCCAGUUAGCAACAUGAAAAAGUCGAAUUUAUUUGAUAAAUCGACAACAAGUGUGCCAAGAUGCAAUUUUUUCGAAACAACUCGGUUUUUUUCUUCUUCGAAUUUUCGUUUUUCUUCUUCUUCUUCUCAAUUGCACACGGCUGUUAUUCUUUUCUUUUUUUGCUCUCAUGAAGAAGAAUCUUUCAUUUUUUUUUGUCUUCACUCAACUUCGAAUCUUCUUCAUUUUUCUUCAUCUUUUUUUUAUCGAUUCAAUCACUUUCCCAUUCAUUCCUCUUCUUUUUUUGCUGUUAGUGUCUUGUGUCAUUUUUCUUCAUUUUCUUCAUCAACUUGCUCCUUCUUCAUCUUCUCAUUCUAUUCCAAACAUUGAUUUUAUUCGACUCGAUUCAAACCGAUUCCUCGAUGAAUUUUCUAUUUAUUUGUUGUGAAAAUUGGAAUUGAUAGAAGACAUUUUUAUUAUUAUAAUAAUUCAAUUAUUUCCUACAUGCUCAUCAUUUUUUCCUAGCCUAAUAAUACUAUAUUUUUCUUGUGUGUGUGUUUGGUUGGCUAUUCCAUUUUUUCCCACGCGAAAUCGUUUUAUUUUCCCGCUCGCCAUAUUUCUUUUGUCUUUGGUUAUUGAUAGUAUUUCUACUCUGAUAAAAUAUGCCAUUUCGAAGAUGUUUUAUUUGCACCACAAAGGUUAGUUUCAAACAAACAUUAUUGAAAUUUGAACUUGUAAUUUGUGAUUUACUCCUAGAAUUACUGAAAAAUUUAUGACGUAUCAAAGUUGUCAUUUUUUCCUAGGAACCAGAAUUUUUUCAUAGGUGCUAUUAUUUUGCAAAUGUUAGUUUAUAGUAUAUUUCAGGAGGUUCGCGAAAAAAGUUCCCGUUCUCGAAAAUUCCCACUUUGUCAGUCAUAAUGUCUCUCUCUCUCUCGAAAUGUUUUUUAAUUCUUAAAAUUCUGAAAAAGUGUAUUUUUAGUCCGCGUCUCCAUGUUAGUUAAGCUUAUAUUCAACAAAAAACAUUUGUUCUCGCAUGAAUAUGUCAUUUACCUGCUGCGGAUAAAAACAUCAUUUCUAUAAAUAUCCUUUUUAUUUCAAUAAUUUUUCAUUUAUUCAAUAUCCUUGGUUACGUGCUCUUUAUUUUCUAUUUAUUAUUCGACAAAUUUAUUUUGCGUUUUUUUCGUGUUUCUUUCGUUUUUACGAAUGAAUGAAUGAAUGAAUAGGAUUGUUCUCGAAUUACACUUUUCUCCAUCAACCUUCUUCAUUUUUUCGUCGUUUCUUCCAUUUUUCCUUUUUUUCCAACCAAUUGGUACAAUUUUUCAUAUACUCUUCUUUUUUUGAUAAGUUUAUCUGACAGCAAACAAAUAUUGAUCCGAAUGAUUCAUAUUCCAAACUUUGCAUGUUCAUCAUCAUAUUUUUUCGUCCCAAUGUCUAGCAAAUCAGCUGCUCUCUGUCUUCUUGUUUUCUCCUUUCCUUUCUCUAUUUUUUCUCUAUUGUAUAUGAAUAAUUAUUGAAAUAUAAACAAAAUUGUCAUAAACAUGAGUCUCGUUUCCGAAAAAAAACAUCAGUUUUUGUGUCAAAAAUAACUUUGUCUCAAACUCUCUCAUAAAUUCGGAAUAAUUUUUGAUCAAAGAUACGAGAAAUGCGAAACCACACAUUCAUUUCUUGUUUCUUCCACUUGGCGGCUCACUUUCGUUCGUUUCGCCAUAUUUCUUCUUCUCCAUCUUUUCCUCAUUUUUUUCCUCUUCGACUGACGACGUUUCCAAUUUUGAUAUUGACUGCUAUUAUUUUUCUUGUUCCAAUGUUUGUCGAACUAAUACGAAUUUUUAGUCUUUUAUGAGAAGAAAAACGUCAAAAAGAAGACGAAAAUGGGAAUGGAAUAUGCUAAUUUCCUGUACUUUGUCGGUAUCACGAGAAGAAGAAUUUUCUUAUUUUAUUUUUCAAUUUCUUGAUUUUUUCAAUCAGAAUGAUGUUUUGUUUUUUUCCGAAAUUGGACCAUUUUUCGUUUUUGCUAAUUCUGAAUUGGACCCGAAAUUAGAUUCCUGAACGACCUGUCAAACUACAAUGAUAAUUUUUUCCUUAUCGCUCAAUCCCGAGAACUCUGGUUCGAUUAGAAAUUUAUCUGAAAAUAUGCUUUUUUGCGAACAUGACUUGUGUUCUUCUUCGACCAUUCGCUUUUUUUGUCUUUGCAAAAAUCUUUGAGAAUCUCUUGGGAAUAUUCGUCCGAAUCUGAAAAAAAUGUACUCGGGUUGUGUCUCUGUUGUUUAUUUCGUCUUCUUUUUUUUCCAACAAACCCACACUCGAUUUUUCUCCUUCUCCUUCUUUUUUCGCCUCUUAUUCUGUUCCAUUUGAAUGAAUUAAUUUUCCAUUAAGGCGUGCACAAAAUGUGAUUCAAUCUGUUUUUUUCUCGUUUUAUUUCAAGCCAAUUUCUUUCACCUUAUUAUCUCUAUCAUGUGUUGAAAAAAAACGAGAAAAAAAGAGUAAAUUGUAAUGGGAGGAUUAUUAAACAAAUAAAAUAUCAAUUUCGUUGGAUGGAUAUAUUUCUUUCUUUUUGGUGUGCUUUUCAUCGCUUUUUAUUUAUUUACACUAUGUUUGUAUCCAUGACAAAUUAUUUAAACCAAAUCACAAUUUCCAUUUGUGUUUCCUCCGCAAUUUUCAAAACUCUCUUCCAAGUUUUUUUAAUGACUUGAAAAAAAAAAUAUAUUUCUCGGAACAACUAUUAAUUUAUUAUUUUAUUUUCUGCGCAUUUUUUUUCAUAUGCAAUAUUUUAUUCUAUUGAUUAACUUUAGUUUUAUUUCUCCUUUUUUUUUAGUUAUACUAGAGAAAGAGUUAUAAUAAUUGGCUGCAAUUUAUUUGCAACGAAGAUUAGUUCAUCAAAACUAAAAUAGAGCUUAUUUUAUGUGGAAGUACGUGUGGAAAUCUUCGAAGUUUAUUUUUCAAAAAUAUUUAUGUGAUUUUUUAGCUGCUAACUUUUGUUUAGAAACAAGUCUGAAAAUAACGAGCCUGAAAAUAUUUUUGUUCAACUCGGCACAUCUCGGCCUAAGGCCGUGGUUUCCAAAAUUAUACGCUAAACGUUAAUUACAGCCGCGCUUGAAAGAUUCUAUGCCAAGUAUCCUAGCCUAAAAAACCACUUUUGAAUUAUACAAAUUACAAUUUGGUUUUUUGUUCGAAUUUUUACUUUGUCUCAUAACGGGUCAACCGAGGUGUGAAGCUCAAAGUGUUCUUGUAUUUCGAAUCAUAGUUGCCUCUGAAUAUUUUUAAUUUUAGAAAUGUUAUUUUCCGACCGAUCUAAUUUACUCUAAAGUGUUUCUUUGAAAGUACAUUUUUAAAUAUUAAUUAAUUUAAAACAAGACUUAUUCCUUCUUCCUUCCUUCCUAUGAUCAUAAAUUGAUAUGAUGUUUGUCCUUAUUUUUUCUUUUUUUUCCAUUUACUUCUAUUUGUUUGUCGGAUUUUUGCGAGUGUGAAAAUUUAAUAUUUCUUCAUCUUUAUUCUCAUUUGUUGUUUUUUCCUUCUUCUUUUUCUUCUUCUCUCCAGAUUUGUCCAUCCGUGAAAUUCGAAUAACUCAAACUUUCUUCGUCUUUUUUCACUCGUAUUUUUGUUGUUCAAGAAAUGCUAACAUAUUCGAAAUCGUGGCGAUCAAUUCGAACUCGAACUGGUAGUUUGUAUGUUAGUGCGAAAAAUCGAUUGACAAGUUCAUUUCGUGGCGGAACAAAACCUGAUAAAAAAUUGAAACUCGCCGAAAAUGGCGAACAAGCGGUGAGAAAUUAAAAGAACUGCGGGAAAAAAAGUGGAAAAUGAUUGACAUUUGAGAUAUUCCCAAGAGAUAUUUCUUCUGAAUUUAUGAUAAAUAGUUGGUUUUUUUUUCAGCAGUCAUCUGAAGUUUGGGUUGUUGUGGCUGAUUUUGAUGGACAAGCCGAAGGUCAUUUGAAGGUUAAAAAAGGAGAUCGAGUUGAGGUAAGUUUUAGACGAGGGGACAAUAAUUAAUAAAAUUCGAUAUUUAGAGAACCUCACACCUCGGCCAAGCCGUGGCUGGCCAGAGUACAAUUUUUGGAAAAAUCAGAAUUUCAGUUUUUAGAGGUCAAAAAUUGAAAAAUCUCAAUUUUUAGAGGACAAAAACUGAAAAAUUCACAAUUUUUGUACUGUAAAAAGUUAGCGUACAAUUUUUUAUUGUGGAAACCACGAUUUUGACCGAGGUGUGGAGAACCUAAAUAAUUUAGAGAAAAUCUGAGUCAAACCAAAAAAAUAGGGUCAUUCUAAAUUAAUUUUCGUGAAAUAUUCUUAGUUUGACUGAGGUUCACAGAUUUUUGGUACUAAAACAAUUUUUUUCCACUUCUUUCCACCCAGUUUUUUCUUCUUUUGAAUUUCAAUAAUUUAAUACCAAAAACGAUUAUCUAUUCAAAUUCAUUUCUAAAAUGAUAUUCAUUGAAAUUUGUCAAAUUUUUUCAAUGAAUAAUUUAUUUUGAUACAUCAAACACCAACUUUUCUUUUUUUGCAGAUAAUUGAAGAUCAACCAACUGAUUGUGCUGAUUACAUUCAAGUAAUUCUAGUAGACAACCCAACAAAACACGGCCUUUUACCAGUUUCGAUAAUUGCACCACGUAAGUCUUUUUUUCUUUUUGGAUUUAUCAAGAUGGCGAGAAUUUAAAUUAUUAAUAGAGUGUAGAAUUUUCUUAGAUUUCAAACUUUUCUUCACAAUCUUUAUAUGUUUAAUUUAAAUGCGGGCGGAUUUCCUGUUUUUCGUGAAUUUAAAUCCAGCAGGAAUGAUGUGUUUUUUUUUCAAAAAAAAAUUUAAAUGGUAGAAAUUAAAGAAGAAGGAAUUUUCUAAAGCUUUAAAAUUGAGCAAGAAAAAAAACAACAAUUAUAUUGUUAUGUUAUUUAUUGAUGUCCUAAUGAAUACACAAACCCGUGUCCUACUCUUUGCUUUUUUUUUCCAUUUUUAUUCGCUUUUUGUCUUCUUCUUCUUCUUCUUCCAGCAAAUAUUCUGUUUUUUCUUCUUCUUCGUCCGCCUUCAUUUUCUCUCCUUUAUUCUCUUUUUUCUUAUUCUUCUUCUCAUUUAGCUUUUUGCGAAUAUGAGCAGAAUAAAAAUGAAGAAAACCGAUUAUUGUUUCUUCAUUUUUGCUAUGCAAAUAUAUAGAAGAAAUCGGAGAUAUUUAUAGGAAAUGUAUAGAUUUGAAGUUCAAAAAUUUGGGAAUCUUCUAGGCGUUUUCUUUGAUCGAAUGAGUUACUAAAAAAAAGACUUUGUGAAUCCUAUUCCACCGACAUUUCAAUUUUUGAAGUUUUAAUUUUCCAGAAAACUUUCAAAAUGUUGUUCCAAAGUUUCCACCUGCGAAUCUCAAUGAACUUUGAAAUCUUGCGUAGACAUGUCCUCUCCAAAAUCCCAGCCACUCCGUAAUUUUUGAACCUGAAGUUCGAAACUUUUUCGCAACUUUUUUAUUCCAUGUUUCUCCAUUGAAAUUCGAAAAAUUUUUGGCUCUGGUAGGACUUGGGAUAAAUCUUAUCAUUUUGAAACUUAACAUCUUAAAUAUUUCUUACAUUAGUUUCCCGAUUCAUUUUUUUUUCAAAAUUUUAAACAAAACUAUUUCUAAAAAACUCCCAUCCCAUUUUCUAGUGUUGAUUUUUUUCGAAAAUCGAUAUAGGUUUCUUUCUUUAGGUGUUCUAAAUAUUUCCGCAUUUUCCUUUUCUCAUUUUCUUGUUCAUUUCACAUGAUUUUUUCCCAUAUUUUAUCCCGUUUUUUUUUCAAUUGAAAACAAUUGUAGAAUUUUUUCCAAUUAAGACCAUAGAAUAAUUUAUAUUUUUUGUUCUUCGCGCGCACAAAAAAUAUAUGAAAUGCUCUUUUUAUUUAUUCGCACGAGUAUUAGAAAAUUGAAAAGGUCUGCCCCAUUAUUUUUCCUAUUUUGCUGCUAUUUUGUUUGGCGGUUCUUUCAAAUAUCAAAUUAUUUGUCAGCUUCUUCUUUUUCUUUUUUUCUGAAUGGGUUUUUUUUUGUUUCGAAUAUUUGUUUUCACACGUCCUUUACUUUUUUCUCAUUGCACCAGAUAUUCUUUUUAGUUUCUCCUAUCAUUUUUUUGAUUGAGAAAUCUUGAGAUUUUAUUUACCGAAACUCUCAAAAAAUAAGGUGAUAAAAUAAAGUUGAAUCGAUUUUUUGACAAAAUAAUAAUAAUUAGUGUAGGAAAGAUAAUUAUAGUUUAUUAGAUUUCUUAUAAGCUUAUAUUUUUCUAUAAGUUUUUACACAAGUUUUAUACGACUUAGUAAAUCGAUUCAUUGAUUUAUUUUUUCCACCCAAUUUUUUGCCCUGUAAAUAUCUGAUUGUUGUGUGUCUGUUCUUCUCAGUGCGCGGGUGCUCCUCCGCUGCGCUAAAAGUCAGAUGGUAUUAUUAGAGAUAGAAAUAGUGUGCAAAAAUUGGGAGAGUUUUGAGAAUUAGUGUGUGCUCAGCACAUCACAAAAAUUCGAAAGUAGCUAACUUUUUUUACUCUCGCCCCAAUUUUUCUCUUCUUCGUUUUUUUUUUAUUUUUUGAAAAAAAAUGUUGAAAUAAAGAAAUAAUUUUAUUUCGUGUUGAGACCACAUUUGAAAAUUGAGCUCAUAUAUUUUGUGGCAGCCCAAUACACAGCCAAAUAUCCAUAUAAUUAUUUGUAUUGUUGGUGUUAUUUUAUAGCAAAUAGAAUAUUCACACAUUCCUCCUAUUUUUCUUGUUUUUUAUUUCUUCUUUCUUCCUCUUCCAAUUUAUUUAUUUAUAUAUUUUUACGUUCUAUUUUUUAUCUAAAUUUAAUUUUUGUUAAAUUUCAAGUUCUCUCUUGCUCUCUAUAUCUGCUUUCUUGCUUCAUUUAUAAUGAUGCGCCGUUCUCAAACUGUCGAAGGUGGAUCUGAUCGAACAUCAGCUGAUUCACCUGAUCGAUCACAAACACCAAAAGGAUCAUCGAAAAGAGAAAGAUGGUCAUUUGCUAUAAAAAGACGAUGGUUUUCUUCAUCGACAAGUCGACAAAGUCAUGAUCAUCACGAUGUUACAAUUGUAGCACCAAUUAAAACAACACUUGGAACAACUAUUGAAAAUAAUGGUAUAAUAUGAAUAGAGAGCAUUUUAAAUCCGAAUACAUUUCAAACAAACACCCAAAUGUAUUAAAGACUCUAAAAUGAAACUACAACUGCAAAAAAUUAAACCUGAAAAGUCUGGAACAAGUAACAACUUCAAAUUGUUUGGAGUUGGAGAAAGCGAAAAAAAAACCGCGCACUUGAAAAAUAUAUCCGAAUUUUAUAAUUUGAAUUGUUGCUCGAUCUUCAAAAUUUUUUUGUGUUAAGAUACCGCUACAUAGUUUCAUAGUUUUCCACAAAUUAGCCAAGAUAAUCACAUAAAAUUUAAAUUUAAAAAAUCCCUAAUUUUCCUCCAAAAAAUCUAUAUUUUAUAUUUUCAGCUGAUUCUGGAAGUGUUCCUGAUCGACCAGAUGAUAAUGGAACAUCAACAACAACAACUCCAGCAACAAUACAUGUUUCGAAACGAAAAUCAUUGAGGUUAGUUCUUUUUUUUUCUUCUUUUCAUUUUCAAUCGACAAUUUUGGAAUGUUUGAUGACCACUUGAGGCCAUUCAAUAAUAGAAAUAAUUUCAAAAAAUAUUAUUAUUAUUAUUCAACCCCUUCUCUCCUCCUCCUUUUUUUCGUUUUUUUUCUAUCUAAAGUGGAAUAGAUUGAGUUGUGAGUUGUCUCUUUUUUCCUUUUUUCUCUUCAUUUUUUAUUCAUUUUUCUUUUUUUUGGUUCAUAUUGUGUUCAAUCAACAAAUUAUUGGAUUCGCAUUUGGACCAGAAAAAUCAAGAACUUUCGAAAGAACAAAGACAUUUUUGGACCGACUGAAUUUUGGGCCUUAAAUAAAGAAAAUUGACACAAAUUAAAGCUAAAAAAUCUCUAUCGACUGAUUUGAGCACUUUUUUCUCGGAUUUGUUCCUAUCGCGGCCGAAUUACCUGUUUCCACAAAAUUUAGUGGAAAUUUAUAUUCAAUAUUUAUUUGAAAUGUUUACUAAUUUAUUUUCUCAAAUAUAAGUUAAUUGUUGGAAUUUCAAUUUACUUCUUCUUUUUCUUUUUUCUUCUGUCUAUUUUCCUCUUUUUUCUUCGGUCCUUUUUUUGUUUCUGUUUCUUGUGCGCGGGCGAGUGGGCCAAAUUUAAUUUGGACGCCGUGACGCUUUUUUUCGAGCUGGAAACAAGGAAAAAGCGAAUGUUUUUUCGUUAUUUUUUUUUCUUCCUCUUCCUUUCUCAAAUCCAUCUCAUUCCAUUUUUUUUUCGAAAGUUUGAAGAUGAACCUGACGUCAGUUAAAUAUUGUCGAAUUAAACAAAAAUAAUAAUAACAAGUGAAAACUUGAUUUUUUCUUUCUUUUUUUACCAGACUGACUGAAUGAGUCAUUUUUGUGUUGUAAAAUGUUUUUAUUUACUUCGCCACUAGAGGUUUUUUGGGAAGUUUAGCGAAUGAAGUUUCUUGUGAGGGUGGAAUAUUUGUUGGUUGAAAAAUGAAAAAUUUCGGAAUUCCGAAAAAUAUAAAAUCCCAUAGAAACACAUAAAUAUGGAUCUGAAAAUAACUGUUCAAAGAAAUUCAAAUGUAAUUUCCAAACAUUUAUCUGAAAACUCCUAAAAUUCAUUGAAAAUAAAAUAUAUUCGAAUGACAGGUUUUGAGUCACCUUUACAACAUGAGCAAUGUCUUUAAAAAUGUUAUAUUUGUGUUUUCAUAGAUAAUUCCUUUGGAAUUCCAAAACAAAAUAUGUAAUGUUUUCAAAUUACUAAUUCCAUGUGUUUUCUAUCGUAUAUAAUUCCUAAAAAAUAACAUUUUUGAAAACAAAUGUUUAUUUUUAAUUCCAAAACAUUUUUUUGAAUAGAAUAUUUAAUUUGUUUUACGAACCGAUUUAACAAACAUACGUAGAAUAGAAAAAAAAGAAGAAAAAGAAUAAAGAAACUUGUUUUUGGUUAGUUGAAGAUUUUUCUUUAUUUCAUCAUCAUUUCAUUCGUAUUUGCAACACUGUUCUUUUUUUUCUAUUUAUUUAUUUAAUUAUUAAUUCAAAAUGCCGUGUGCUAAUAUUGUGCCAAGAGUACAGAAAAAAUUAAGGUUGGUUAUUAUUCGAUUAUUUUAUUCUUGCGAGACAAAUUCCGGGAAAAAAGUAGUAAGAAAAAUAAUAAUUAUUAUUAUUUGUAUAGGAAAAUUCGUGGAAUAUGGCUGAUUUUUAGGAAAAAAAAAAGAAAAACACUGAAAAUUCCACUCCAUCUUGUUUUGUUUUUGUCUCUUUUUUUAUUUCUACUAAUUUGAGUUUUCCUUUUUCUGGUUUUCUCUUCCUUUUUUUCGAAGAGUUAAUGAAGGAUUGUUUUGAGAACACAAGAACUUUUGUUCAAUUUAGAAAUCUCACGGGAAAAUCAAAAAGUUUGAAAUACGAAAAUCAUUUUUGAUUUAUGGAAACUCAUUUUUCUUCGUUGUUUUUUAUGACAAAAAUUACGAUUUUAAUAGUUUUCAGCUGUGUUUUUCUUCGAUUCUUUGAGCUUUUCCGUUUUUUCCUUUUUCUUUUCAAUUUUUUCUGUCUUCACACCAACUUUGGGUUUUUUCGCUUCAAUUAACUGAUCUUAUUCUUCUUUUUCGUUUUUUUUUCGUCGGUUUUUUCUCGAACUCAUUUUUUCUUUCGUUCGGCUGUUGAAGAAGAAGAAGAAAACGACAAAAGCCAUGCAUAAUCCUCUUUUCGCUUCGUUUUUUGUCGUAUUUUUAUUUUUGCUGAAAAAGAAGAAGUGUUGCCCUUAUCGAUUUGAGGAUGAACUUUGAGAAUGAUAAUCCGAUGAGAUGAAAUAUAUUGAGACAACUUUUUAAUCAAUCUCGUUUUUUUUUCCAUUUUUGUUGUUAUUUUUUUCACAUCAAUCUAUCUACCUCUUCUAUCUAUUUUUUUCUAUUUUGUUGUUUUUCCAGCUAUUUUCUUCUAUUUUUUUCUUUUUCUAUUCUUUAAGCAUCGGACCUCUUUUUUUCUUUUUUCUUCUUCGUUUUUUUUCGCCAGAAGCAGUUUAAUUGAAUUUUUCAACGACGACCGACUCGUUUUUUUCCACUUUUUCUUCUUCUUCGUUUUCCUUCUUCUUCCCUCACUUUUUUUUAUUUAUUUUUGAUUGACAUCAUCAUCUGAAAAAAAAGAAAAUAGAAAAGAAGAAGAGCCCAAAAAAUUGUCUUGUCAUUUUCAGUCGAGAUAAUAAUUAUUCAUGCUGGAAAUGAAUGAAGAGAAAAAAGAAGAGAAGAAGAUUAAAUAUUCAAAUGAGAAACGGUUUUGAGAGAGAGAAAAAAGAGCAGUUUUUAUUCCAUUUUGAAAAUUAUAGUUGGCUUUUUGAAUUUCGUUAGAAAUUAUCUUCUUUUUUCAAAAAUAGACUUCGAAUAAGUUAGAUUGAAAGAAGAGCCAAAUCCUUUAAAAAAUCUCUUUAAAAAUAUAACUAGGAUUAUGAUUAAAGAUGGAAUCAGACCGAAUCACGCUUUGGCUAAUUUCUUUGAUAUUUCUGCAUUUUGUAUUGACAGAAUUUAUUUCAUAACUUUUAGGUUAUAAUUUUUAUCUGAAUGUUAUUUAUUUUUCCCGAUUUUCGACAAGUAGUAUUGAUCAGAGCCUUGAAUUAAAAAAAAAUUCUGUUAACAAAAUUUUGUCUCUGAAAAAACUAGAGUAUUCCGAAAGUUUUGUUUUUUUCUGAAAUUCACCACGUCAUAACAUAUUGAAUAUGAUCAAUUUUUAUUUAUUUCGAAAUAAUGAAAAAAAAAGUUCUAGAAAGUUUUGAGGAUGAAUCAUAAUUUUUUGUUUCCAAUAAAAUGUUUCUAUCAGAGAAGAAAAAAUAAGUGUUUUUUCGAAUAAAUGUUCAUUUUUGUUUCUUCUUCUUGUUCCUAUCUAUUUUGCUAUGUUCUUUUUUUUUGACAAAUAAGUUGUAGAAAGAGUGAAGCAGUCAUCCACUUCUAGUCAUUUUUUGCCUACCACAACACUUUUCUCUUUCUCUUUUUUCACUCACAACUGCCUAUGUAUAUAUUAUAAAAAUAUAUAUUCAAAAAAGAGAGAGAGAGAGAAUUGUUAUGUUCGUCUUCCUCUGCAUUUUGGCUCAUACUCUCCGUUUUUUUGUUGCUCCUGCUCCUGUUUUCUAUUUUUUUCCCUGCUUCUUUUUUUUUCUUCAAAGGGUUUUUUGUGCCCGUCUUCUUCUUCUUCUUCUCUUCUCGUUUUCGCCUUUUUGCAUGCCUAAUUCGUAGUAUCGUGUUUCGUCGUCUUCUUUUUUUCGUUCUUAUUCUUCCCCUUUUUUCUUCCCUCUGUUCACUGUUUGUAGUUGAUAAGAUUUUGUAUAUCCCCUCCCCUUCUUUCCUUCUGCGAGCAGCUACAAUUUUCUAAAUCUUGUCUUGUCUAUGAGAAAAUGUAUCUGCUCUACCUACAAAAAAUUUUGAACCUACAAUUACAAUAAUAAUAAUAAUAAUUCAAUGUUUUAUUUUUGCAGAAGAAUCUUUGCGAAUUCGAGCAAAGAAAGAGCAUCUUCAUCAACUUCGCAACCAACAACAACAAAUAAUAUUGGAAUUGUGAACAAACAAUCAACAUCUCAACAAAACGGACAUGUUCGUUUUUUUAAUCUUUGAAUUUUCAUAGCAAAUUUUGAAAUGACUCUGAUUUUUACGAUGAAUAUCGGACAAGGGUGGCCAUAUUUUUUUUUAGUAGAAAUCAGGCUGAGCUCGGUUUUCCACAAGAAUUUUCAUGUAUAUUUUGGAGAAUUAAAAAAAAACCCUACUCGUAAUUUUUCAACCUUUCGAAAAUUUUUCUCAUGCUUCAGUUAACUUCUGAUAGUAUAAAAAUCAUUUGAAAUUGAAAUUCGUGAAAUUUUUUUGCCACGACAUUUCAUAUUAAAAGUUUUGAACACAGACUGUAAAAUUUCAAAAUAAUCCCAAAUAAAUUUUCAGCCAUCUGACGCAUCAAAUACAAUUGGUGUUUUGUCAUCCGGAGAAACAUCAACACCUGCAAACAGUUCGCAACCAACUAAUUCCAAUAACACACGUUAGUUUUUUAUCGCUGCAAUUUGUCUAUUUGUCUACACAGACUGUAUCUAAUUACAGCAUACAAAAAAAUUUGCAGAUUUUUUUAUAAUCACUAUUUUUGUUACAGAAUCUGAAGAAGUGUGUAGCAGCACAACAACACCGACAACAAUAAAUAACACAAUACAACAAGGAAGUGGAACAACAACAACAACAACAACAAUAAUAAAUAGUGUUGCUGCAACUGAAGAAUUACCACCACCAAUGCAAAAUAUCACAUUAAAUAAUAUGGAAGAUUCAUCGAAUUCGGCUGCUGAAACAACAAAUAAUCAUGAAGAAGUGAAUGCGGAAAAUCAAACUGAAGAUGCUAUUCCGGAAAAAGUUGAGAAAACACCAGAAGAAACUGCCAGAUUCAAAAGACAGUUAGUUUUUUUUAUAAAAGGGGCCUUUUUAAAAAGAAGAUUUUUUUUCGAAAGAAUUUGUUUUCUUUUAAAAAAAUCGCUUCAAACAUUUCACGUAAUUUUUAAACAUAAAUCUAUCCGGAAUGUAAAGUUUUCGAAUAUUUUUCCAAGAGUGAUUCCAAAAAAUGAUUUCAAAUUACCUUUUACAGCUACUCACAAAUUCUUUGAAACUCCGAAACUAUUUAUUUAUUUCAGAUAUGUUUUGAUGGAACUUGUUGAAACUGAACAAGAUUAUGUUCGAGAUUUAACAUCGGUUGUUGAAGGAUAUAUUGGAAAUUUGGAGAAAAUGGAUUUGCCAGCCGAUUUAGUUGGAAAAGAUAAAAUUAUUUUUGCAAAUAUUGCACAAAUUCUCGAUUUUCAUAAGACGUGUUUCUUGAAAGAUAUUGAAAAGUGCCUUGAUAAUUAUGAAGCAGCUGGACAUGCUUUUGUAAAAUAUGUGAGUUUUUUCUGGAUUUUUGAUUUCGGGAAUCAAAUUAUUGUUUUUUUAGGAACGCCGUUUGCACACUUUGUAUGUAAAAUAUUGUCAAAAUAAACCAAAAUCUGAUUAUUUAGUUUCGCAAGAUGAUUUUGAAGGAGUAAGUGUUUUCUUUAUUUGAAAAUUGAUUUACAUCAAUGAAAAAUUUGCAGUUUUUCGCGGAAACAAAAGCAAAACUUGGUCAAAAAGUAGCAUUAUGUGAUUUGUUGAUUAAACCGGUUCAACGUAUUAUGAAAUAUCAAUUAUUAUUGAAAGAUAUUUUGAAAUUCACCGAAAGAGCAAAAGAUCGACCAGAUGUUCUCAAAAAAGCGCUUCAAGUUAUGCAUGUUGUUCCAAAAGCUUGUGAUGAUAUGAUGCAAGUUGGAAGACUUCAAAAUUUUGAUGGAAAUUUGAGUGCUCAAGGAAGAUUGAUUUAUCAAGGAACACUUCAAAUAAGUGAAUCAGUUGGUGGAACAAUACAAAAACCAAAAGAUCGACGAAUUUUCUUAUUCGAACAAUCUGCUAUUUUUGCUGAUCAUAUUCCACCGAAAAAGGAAUUUGGAAAUCCUACUUAUAUUUUCAAGAAUCAGAUUAUGGUGAGUUUUUUUUUUGAAAAAUUCUUUAAAGAUUUUUUGAAGGGACUCAAUUCAGGUACAAGUUGUUCUUAAAAUAGUUCUAACAAGGGAAGUGUAUAAGGUCCCGGAAUAAACUUUUAAUGAGACUUGGUACACAUAUAGAUUCGAACUCGCUGAUCUCGAAUUCGUUUUCAAAAAUUGCCACAAUUGCACCCAAGACGAGUUUUUCACCAUCGAAAAUGCGCCAUAUUUCUCAUUGUUUCAUAUGUCAAACAUUUGCGGGCAAGAAAAAUAACAGCGGAUGGCAGAGUGGUUAGCGAUCUCGACUUUAAAAUUUUAGGUUUCGGGAUCGGUCCCGGCCCGUGGCGAACUUUUUUUUCAAAAUUUUUUUUUUCAAAAUUUUUUUUUUCAAAAUUUUUUCGAAACCUGUAAAGAUGUCUACGUACCGACUUUGAAUUAUAAUUUUUUGUCAUCAUUUUUUUUUUCGUUUUUUAAAUUCUCGUUCAAAAUGUUACCUUCUGAACAAAUUUUGCACUUGGUAAUGGGUAAUUUCAAUGACAAUUGUACAAUCCCAAGAAAGUAUGUCUCCCGCGAGAACUUCAAAAAGUUCCUAACGGAAUUAUUGAUGUUUUGCGUAGUGUGGACAUCAACGAAAUUAUAGUUGAAAACGAUGAAAUUCUGGAACGAAUUGAAGAUGAUCCACCGGAUGAAGGUAACUUGGAUAGCUAUAAAUAUGAAAGCUAUAAAAAUAAAUAUGAAAGAUCAUCUUCCAUUCGUUCUUUUUUUUUUGAAAAAAAAAAUAAAAAAUUUUGAAAAAAAAGUUCGCCAUGGGCCGGGACCGAUCCCGAAACCUAAAAUUUCAAAGUCGAGAUCGCUAACCACUCUGCCAUCCGCUGUUAUUUUUCUUGCCCGCAAAUGUUUGACAUAUGAAACAAUGAGAAAUAUGGCGCAUUUUCGAUGGUGAAAAACUCGUCUUGGGUGCAAUUGUGGCAAUUUUUGAAAACGAAUUCGAGAUCAGCGAGUUCGAAUCUAUAUGUGUACGAAGUCUCAUUAAAAGUUUAUUCCGGGACCUUAUACACUUCCCUUGUAAAAAGAAUGUGAUUUUAAAGCAUUCGAGUUGAAAGUUUUAGUGAUUUAUUUUUUUUCGAAAUAUGUAUUUUCUAAAUAACUAGACAAACAGAAAAUUAAGUGUCGCGCACAAAAUGUAUCUCUUUUUUUCGAAGUUGAUUUAAUUGGAAAAAUCAUAAACAACUUUUUAGGUGAAGUUUUUCAUGUCAAACUGUAUUUGAAGAAUUAAUCGUUGAAAUUUUUUGAGAAUAAAAACAAAUAUAAUUUUCAAAUAUUUUUUAUUUCGAAAAAAAACUGAAUUUUCAUCCUCAAUAAAUAUAAGAAUUUCUAUUUCAGGUGAAUAAAAUGGUGUUCGAAGUAAAUGUUCCCGAAGAUCCACUCCGAUUUGUCAUAAAAAGUUCGGAUCCAGCUCAAACGACUUCAUUCAUCGCAAAUGCUCAAACACACGAAGAAAAAGAAGAAUGGAAUCGAAAAAUUGGUGAACAACUUGAUCAACAGAAACGAUUAUUAGCUGCUUUGGUUGAUCCAAAAAGAUAUAUGGGAGGAGGUGAUGAUUUAUCAGCUGGAAUGGCAAAUAUGAAUAUGUUAGUUUUUAAAAUUUUAAUUUUGUUAAAACAUUAAACAAUAAUUAUUUGUUCAGGGGUGCACCAGGUGGAAACGACAAGAAAGGAACACCUUCAGCGGCUUCGAAAUCAGCGGCAGCAGCAUCAUCGAAAAAAUCAUCGGAAUCACCGAAAAAGGAGACGAAAACAUCGAAAUCAUUAUUUUCAUUUGGCAAAAAACCAGCGAAAUCUCCGACUUCUCCACCACCGGUUGGAAAAUAGAUUAAACAAACCAAAAAAAAAACAAAGUGUGCUAAAAAUAUAAUCUGAAAAUAAUUUAUUUGUUGACAAAUAAUUCAAAACUAACCGAGUGACACAUUUUCCUCAUUUAUCUUUUUUUCUAGUCAUCUUUUUUAUUGAUUUGUUUUUUAUUUUCUGUUUGUUUCCUUCCUUUUUUAUCAUAAUCAUUAUCAUAAUCAUCAUCGCAUCAUUUUCUUUUUCUUCUUUUUUUUUUUGAGCUUUUAUCCACCGGAGAUUUUAUCUAAAACAACAACAAAAUAUUUUUUUAAAACGGGUUUUCUUAUUUACACAUUUUAGGAUUCUAGGAAAUUCUGGCAUUUUUCAUUGAUUUAUUUGAUGUAAUUCCAAAUUGGAGUCCAUUUUCUUUCUUUUUUUAAUAUUUUUGUCGCAUUUUUGUGUAUUUUGAAAAUAAAAUCUUUUUGCUUGAAGUGAUGACUGCAGUGCGAAAUAAGCAAUUUCAAAGAAAAAUCUGAGCAAAUUUUCAGAUGAAAGCAAAAGUUGGAGGAAAAUAUGAAAGGAUUAGAGAAGGAGAAAUUGAUUUGAAAAAAGAGGAAAAGGUAUUCUGAUCAUUUUUAAAACGGUCUUUUCAUUUUUUUUUUAAUUUUAGGUGAUUGUCCUUGAAUCGAAUAAUGGAUAUGCAAAAAUACAGAAAAAUGAUGGAACAAUUGGAAAAUGCCCAAAUUAUUUUUUAAAUAUUGAUGAAUUACCUGGAAAUAGUUUUGCUGAUCAAAUACAGUUAGUUUUUCGAAUUCAAGUAAAAGAAGCUCAAACAUUUUCAAAAUUAAUUGCGUUUUUAUCACAUCGUUGAAAUAAAUGAAAUUACACUGAAAAUUCUGAAUUUUUUAAAGAUAUCGAAGAAAUUGGCUGGAAAAAAUCGAUGGAUCAAAACCUUCAACAAGUUCAAAUUUGGAUUUAUUGACAAAACCUGAAAGUUUUGAUAUUUUGAGUUUGGAAAUGUCAAAAUGUGAUUCACCUUUGGUUUUAGAAGAAAUGAAAGAUAUCGAAGCAAUUGUUGGACAAAAUAUACAAAUGCAACCAAUUAUUACAUCACGUUAGUUUUCUAUAUUUGAUCAAAAAGGUUGUAAGAUUACUGUAAUCUACGAAUUUUCCAAAAUUUUAUUUUAUGAAAUCAUUUUUGUCCCAAUUCUUCAAUUUCAGAUACAAAUUUUACAAUAACUUGGCAUGGUCCAGCAAUUGAUUCAAAACGUGCUCGAAUUCAAUCAAAUAAUCAAAAUAGUCGACUUAUAAUUGAAAAUGUUCAAAAGGAAGAUAUUGGAGCAUAUUCUGUUAUCGCAAGAAAUGAUUUUGGAGUUGCUUCAAGUGUUGCUUUUCUGAAUGUUCUUCCAAUUCCAGGUACUUUAUAAAAUUAUCGAUAUUUUUCAUAUAAAACAACUUUAGAUGCUCCAAUUGAUUUAAUUUGUAAAAUAGUUGGUGAUCAUGGAAUUCGAUUGAAAUGGAAAAAUGAAUUUGGAAUGAAAUAUUGUAUUGAAUUUAGACAUCCACGUGAGUUAUUUGAAGUUUAUUUAAUCGAUCAAAUUAGUUUUGUAGAAGAUCCUUCAAAUAGUUUCGAAAUUGCAUCAACAAAUAUUGUUCAAACUCAUGUGGAACUUCGAAAUUUUUUGAGAGAUCAGUAUAUUUUUCGAGUAUUUUCUUAUAAUCAACGAGUUCGAAGUGAGCCAUCAAAAUGUAUUUGUGUUGAUUUUGAGAAAAAUAUUAUUUUUGAUUGUCAAUAG